AUGGCUCGGAGCUCCACAUUCCCCAAAUGGGUCUUACCGAUUAUGCUUCUUCUUGGCUGUUUGGCUACUAAAAUCUCAGCAGAAGAUGGGCCAGUGCCAAAUGGUGAUUUUGAAUUGACCCCAUCUGGCGGCUUUUCAAACGAGGCUAUAGUAGAUGGGCCCGCGGGGAUCCCCAGCUGGAAAUCAAACGGCACCGUUGAGCUCGUGGAGUCGGGGCAGAAACAGGGUGGGAUGAUCCUCAUCGUACCUCAAGGUAGACACGCAGUGAGGCUGGGAAACGACGCCGAAAUAAGCCAGCAAGUGAAGGUGGAGAAAGGCUCCAUCUACUCCGUCACGUUCAGUGCGGCUCGUACGUGCGCACAGCUGGAGUCGUUGAACGUGUCAGUGCCACCUGCAUCGCAGACGAUAGACCUGCAGACCUUGUACAACGUGCAAGGGUGGGACCCUUACGCGUGGGCUUUCGCGGCUGAGGAGGAUGAUGCGAUGUUGGUCUUCAGGAAUCCCGGUAUGGAAGAUGACCCCACCUGUGGGCCCAUCAUUGAUGAUGUUGCUAUCAAGAAGCUCUUUACCCCGGAUAGGCCCAAAGACAACGCAGUGAUCAAUGGUGAUUUUGAGGAAGGUCCAUGGAUGUUCGCAAACAUCUCGCUAGGGGUGCUGCUUCCCACCAACCUCGACGAAGAAACAUCCUCGUUACCCGGUUGGAUCGUCGAGUCCAACCGUGCUGUUCGGUACAUCGACUCCUACCAUUUCACCGUGCCGCAAGGCAAGCGAGCCAUAGAAUUGCUAUCUGGGAAGGAAGGCAUUAUUUCCCAAAUGGUUGAAACUUCCCCAAACAAGCCAUACACCCUAACCUUCUCUUUAGGUCAUGCUAAUGACAAAUGCAAGCAGCCUCUUGCUGUCAUGGCCUUUGCUGGGGACCAAGCCCAAAAUGUCCAUUAUACCCCUAAUUCCAACAGCACAUUCCAAAGCGCCAAUGUGAAUUUCACGGCCAGAGCUGAGAGGACAAGGAUUGCAUUCUACAGUGUGUAUUAUAACACAAGGACUGAUGACAUGAGCUCGCUAUGUGGGCCUGUGGUGGAUGAUGUCAGGGUUUGGUUUUCUGGGUCUUGGAGAAAUGGGUUUGGAGGAUUGAGAAGCAUGACAUUUGGGCUUGCUUUUUGGGUGCUUGUUUGGGUUUUGGCUUAG